CGUGCGCCUGCGCAGCGGCGAUAGAAAAACGUCAGCGCGUCCGCCGGGAGGGUCCGCGGCGCGGGAGGCGCUGGUCCUGCGAGGAGUCGCAGGCGGUCGGGCCGCGUGGGCUCUCACGAGGCAGCUCGCGGCAUCCGGCCGCGCAGGCCCGCUCAAGAUGUCGUACAUGCUCCCGCAUCUGCACAAUGGCUGGCAGGUAGACCAGGCCAUCCUUUCCGAGGAGGACCGCGUGGUCGUCAUUCGUUUCGGACACGACUGGGACCCCACUUGCAUGAAGAUGGACGAGGUUCUGUACAGCAUCGCCGAAAAGGUUAAAAAUUUUGCAGUUAUUUAUCUUGUGGAUAUUACAGAAGUACCUGAUUUCAACAAGAUGUAUGAGUUAUACGACCCAUGUACUGUCAUGUUUUUCUUCAGAAACAAACAUAUCAUGAUUGACUUGGGCACUGGCAACAACAACAAGAUCAACUGGGCCAUGGAAGACAAGCAGGAGAUGGUGGACAUCAUAGAGACUGUGUACCGUGGUGCCCGCAAAGGCCGGGGGCUGGUGGUGUCGCCCAAGGACUACUCUACCAAGUACAGAUACUGAGCGCUGCCCUUACAGGCUGUGCAAAGGACAUUGGGAGCCUCUCCCAUGUAGAAAUACUCAGUUCUUCAUAGCCUUUGGAAAGGGCCUGCAGCGAACAUGGCAGGGUCUUGAGAUGAGAGUUACGGGGCCUUAAGUAGCUGGAGCAAAUAAACAUGGUGAAGGAACAGUGGCUAGCUGCUGUGUGUGUUACUGAUUGCAAAUGUCUUUACUCUUGAAGUGAAAUCCAGGUUUCUGUCCCGUGAGGCUGUCAAGUUCCGCAUCCUCAAGUGGUUGCUACAGCUGUUAGAACAAACUACCACAGACUGGGUAGAUUCCACAGAGACACAUCUGCUUCGGGGUAUGAGCCUGAGGUAAAGGUGUUCCAGGGUUCCAUUUGAGGUUGUGGGCCAUCUGUCCCUGCCCCUUGGCUCUGGAGGUCACUGGCAGUCUUUGCUGAUCCUUAGAUUGAGGAUACUUUAUCCCAGUCUUUGCCAUUUUCUUUACAGGUUUUCUCCUCAUGUGUAUGUCUGUCUCAAAUACCCCCAGUUAUAAGAAUACCAGCCACACAUUGCUUGAGUCACUCCCCACUUCCGAACAAGCUUAUCUUGACUAAUUAUGUGUGAUAACCACUCCAAAUAAAGUCAUGGUCUGAGAUA